CCGGGGAACGGCACGGCCCGGCCAGCGUGUCCCGGCGGCGGGGCCGGGGUCCGCCAUGGGGCCGGGCCGCCGGAGAGCCGCGCUGCGCCUGCGGGGCGGCGGCUCCCCGCAGCUCCUGGGUCUCCUGGCCGGCAAGUUCUCCAUCUUCCAGCUCUUCUUCCUCGCGCUGCUGUUGGGCUUCGCCUCGCUGCUCUGGCUGCAGCUCAGCUGCUCGGGCGAAGCGGCUCCCCCCGGGCGCGGGGCCCCCCGGCCGCCCUGCCCGCCCGAACCCCCCGCCCCGCCGGCCGACGACCCUUCGUGGGGGCCGCACCGCCUGGCGCUGCUCGUGCCCUUCCGCGAGCGUUUCGAGGAGCUGCUGGCCUUCGUACCUUACAUGCACCGCUUCCUCAGCAAGAAGAGGAUCCGCCACCACAUCCUGGUGCUCAACCAGGUGGAUCACUUCAGGUUUAACAGAGCGUCGCUGAUCAACGUGGGCUUCCUGGAGAGCGGCAAUGACACGGACUACAUCGCCAUGCACGACGUCGACCUGCUGCCCCUCAAUGAGCAGCUGGACUAUGGCUUCCCCGAGGCCGGGCCCUUCCACGUGGCAUCCCCAGAGCUGCACCCGCUGUACCACUACAAAACCUACGUGGGAGGGAUCCUGCUGCUCACCAAGCAGCAUUAUGAGAUGUGCAAUGGCAUGUCCAACCGCUUCUGGGGCUGGGGACGGGAGGACGACGAGUUUUAUCGACGCAUCAAAGGAGCUGGUCUCCAGGUUCACCGUCCCUCUGGAAUCACAACUGGUUAUGAGACAUUCCAGCACCUUCAUGAUCCAGCCUGGAGGAAAAGAGACCAGAAGCGCAUUGCUGCACAGAAGCAGGAGCAGUUUAAGGUGGAUCGGGAGGGAGGUCUGAACAACGUGAGAUACCGGAUUGAGUCACGGACUGCUCUGACUGUGGCAGGAGCCCCCUGCACUGUCCUUAACAUCUUGUUGGACUGCGACAUGAGUGAGACACCGUGGUGCACGUUUGGCUGAGCUGUGUCCCAUGUGCCAGCAUGUGCUGUGCUCAUGUCAAGACGCCAGGGCUGCGCCGAGCUGCUUGGAGCAAGGCAGAGUUUUGCAGCAGGCCAGCACGGUGCUGCUGGCAGGACCCAGAGGGACAGAAAGGGCUGAGUGCUUGAAUUUGCUGGGAUCAGCAGAAGAGGCCAAGAGCAGGACUCCAUGGCAUUGCUGUGAGUGAUGCUGCUGUCUCCCAGGGCAGGUGCAGGAGGCGCUUUUCCUUUGCUGGGUAUGGCUGAGCUGCCACCCAGUUCAGAGGACAAUAAAGAACUAUCAAGGCAUCUGCUCGCAGUGGCUCGGGGACCUGCUGCAGGCAGCCAUAGGGAACAGAGGCAAGAGCAGCCCGUGGGAGGCAGCAGAUGCACUGCUACUGUUUGCUGGGAGAGUAUCCUGGGGUAGGAGGUAGGGAGUGGAGGGGAACAUCCCUGCCUGGCUGCUGGGAAGGCACCUGGGGCACUCCAGCUUGGAUCCAGGAGUGGGGAUGCCAGGAAGGUCCCUCUGCCCCCUGCUAGCUCUGUGUUCCUCCUGCAGCCUGGCCUGGCCUCUGCUUGUGCUGCAAGGUGAAUUGCUGCCAUGCUGCUCCAAGCCUGUGCUGGCACACAGGUGCUGCCAUGUGUGGAGCCGCUUUGGGGCACUGGCACAUGUUUUGGGUGCUGCUGUCUCCUGGAGCAGACAGACACCCCCAGCCAAGCACUGCACUGGGCUGGCACUCAUUCUGCUGUGCUUCCCAGGCCUUUCUGUCCUUGUCCUUCUGCCUCCUGGAGCACUUCCCUUGCUGGGUGCCUGCAGAUGGAAGCUGUUGCCAUCCUGGGAAGCCAAGUGGUUCCUGUCUCAUGGAGACAUCGCAGCUCUUGGUAGGAGCCCUGGGUAGAGGGAAGUGACAGUGCUGGAACUGAGUGCAGGGACUGUGAACCACAGGGAGCAGAUCCUGAUGGCUCCUGCCAUCACCUGCUGCUGCAGAGGAGUUGGUGCUGCAUACACCAGUGUGCUGCCUACAUGGAAGGGUCAAAGCUGUGAUGAGGACCAGCCCUUGCUCCUUGCAUCAUCCCACGCGCAGGCAGUGCGAGCUUCUCCCCAGCUCCAGGCCUGUCCUUGCCCCGGGGCAGAAGGGGAUGUGCCAUCCCAGAGCCUCGAAGGCCUCUCCACCCUGGCAAUUCAGUCUUGACACCCAGUCGCAGCCAUUUUUGUUCUGCAUGUAGCCCACAGGUUGUUGCCAAUGCGUGCAUGCAGGCAUCCCCAGCCCCCACUGUGUCCUUUGCUGAGGGAAGGAGAAGAUGCCAGCCCAUCGUCACCUUUGGAAGGCCCAUGGCACUGCAGCUGCCCCAGUCCCUCUCCAUCGCUCAGAUUUUGGGAUCGGCUGGUGUCCAUCAGCUGUGUGCCGGCGCCAAGCACAGAUAAAAGUAUCUCUCCAUGCUGUUGG